UGCCUUCUUGGCCAUACGAACCCUACAUCGCAUGCAAAUACACAUUCCCUCUCCCUCUCUCCUCACGAAACAUUUAAGACAUAAACCCAACAAUUCAAGCAUGGGAAGAGCCCCUUGCUGCGAUAAAGACGGCCUCAAGAAGGGGCCGUGGACACCCGAGGAAGAUCAGAAGCUGAUCAAUUACAUUCAGAAGCACGGCAACGGAAACUGGAGAAUCCUCCCCAAAAAUGCUGGGUUGCAAAGGUGUGGAAAGAGCUGUCGACUUAGGUGGACUAACUACCUGCGGCCCGAUAUUAAGAGAGGGAGGUUCUCCUUUGACGAGGAGGAGGCAAUCAUUCAACUCCACAGUAUAUUGGGCAACAAAUGGUCUGCAAUUGCGUCUCGCUUGCCUGGAAGAACCGACAACGAAAUAAAGAAUUACUGGAACACCCACAUCAGAAAGCAGCUUCUCCGCAUGGGAAUCGACCCCGUGACUCAUUCUCCUCGGCUGGAUCUUCUCGACCUUUCCUCGAUCCUCAACUCUACUCUCUACAAUUCUUCUCAUCACAUGGUGAACGAUAUCUCAACUUUCCUACAAGUCGAUCCUUCGACAAACCCAGAAAUUUUAAAGCUUGCCACUUCCCUUGGGCUAUCCCAAAGUGAAAACCAAAAGUGCCCUUUUCAACAAAGCCAAAUCUCAAAUUGUCAAUUGCAAGAAUCAUACCAUCCCACUGACUACGUUCAAGAAAAUCUACUUGCUCAUAGCGCUGUUCCAUCUACAAACGAGCCAAAUCUAAGGGAACCCAUAUCGAGGCAAUACCAACCCGAUUUCAGUGGCUUGUUUCCAAUUUCAAGUGACAACUACAUCUACAGCUCGGAGCAGCCUGGCUUCAAUCCACCUUCGGAAAAUCUGCAGGACUUUAACUUAUCCAGUAAUAACAAUAACGAUUAUCAAAAUUUUAGCUAUGGUGCCUCGGUUUACUCCACUCCAUCGUCAAGCCCUACACCGUUGAAUUCCAAUUCCGCAUACAUCAACAGUGGCACUGAAGAUGAGAGGGAAAUUAGCUAUUGUAGCAAAUAUGAUUUGAUGAGAUAUGAAAUCCCGGAAAUCUUGGAUGUGAACGAACUCUUGUAAUUGUCCAAAUCGUAGCACUUUGAGAGGUUGGCCAAAUUUUCUGGGUCUAGGAUUUGAUACUGAUACGUGCAAUGACAUUUUAUUUUUCUCCUAUUUUCUUUCCUUUUUUUUGUGGUGGAUCUUUUAUUUCUUUUUUUUAGUCUGUUUCUUGCACAGUCAAAUGAUCAUUAGCUUACCCUUAUGAGGAAGCAAAAUCUUCCCGACCUUUGUUUUUAUAAUUGGAUAUUUCCAUUAAUGUUGACUUGUUA